AUGGUUGCUACAAAGAAGUGCGGUGUCCUCGGCUGCACCGGCUCGGUCGGCCAGCGCUUCAUCCUGCUGCUCUCGGCACACCCGUACUUCUCGCUGCACGCGAUCGGCGCGUCCUCCCGCAGCGCCGGCAAAGCGUACAAGGACGCCGCGCGGUGGAAGCAAUCCGCGGCGAUGCCCGCGUCGGUAGCCAACAUGGUUGUGAAGGAGUGCAAGUCGUCGGAAUUCUUGGACUGCGACAUCGUGUUCUCGGGGCUGGAUGCGGACGUGGCCGGCGAGAUCGAGGCCGACUUCUUGGGCGCCGAUCUGGUCGUCUUCUCGAACGCAAAGAAUUACCGCCGCGACUUGGUCACCCCCCUCAUGGUCCCCCUGGUAAACACGGACCACUUCAGUAUCAUCCCCCAUCAGCAACGGGAGAAGGGGCUCAAGAAGGGGUUCAUGGUCACGAAUGCGAAUUGCUCCACCACUGGCCUCGUCGUCCCGCUCAAGGCCCUGCAGGAUCGCUUUGGACCGCUUGAGGCGGUGAUCGUGACGACGCUGCAGGCGAUCAGCGGCGGUGGUUACCCCGGCGUGCCGAGUAUGGAUAUCCUGGACAAUAUCGUGCCGUUCAUCGGCGGCGAGGAGGAGAAGAUCGAGUGGGAGACCGGCAAGAUCCUAGGCAGUGUCAACGACGCGGCCACGGCGUUCGUGCACGUGAACGAGACGAAGGUGUCGGCGCAGUGCAACCGUGUGGCGGUCAUGGACGGACACACCGAGUGCGUUUCUGUCAAGUUUGGUGGCGGGAAGAAGCCGACUGUUGAGGAGGUCAAGCAGGCGAUGCGGGACUACGUGAGUGAGAGCCAGACGCUCGGCUGCCCGAGUGCGCCGAAGAUGGCCAUCGAUGUUAGGGAGGAGGAGGAUCGUCCCCAGCCGAGGCUGGACAGGGACACCGAGGGCGGAUAUGCGGUCGUGGUAGGCAGGAUCAGGGAGGACCCCGUCUUCGACAUCAAGUUUGUUGCGCUGAGCCACAACACGGUCAUCGGUGCGGCUGGAAGCAGCAUCCUUAACGCGGAGGUGGCGGUGGUCAAGGGACUGUUAUAA